GAUCUGUAAAACAAAAAAAAGUAUACACAAAGAGAAAUCAGUUUAUGGCGCCUAGUAGGAAGUCGAAGAGUGUGAACAAACGCUUCACUAAUGAAGCUUCUCCAGAUAUCAAUGGUGGGAGUGCAAGCAAAACCAAGCAUCGAAAGAAGAAAUUGGCUGACAAGCUAGGACCUCAGUGGACCAAAGGAGAGCUUGCGCGUUUCUAUGACGCUUACCGGAAGAAUGUGGGAGACUGGAAAAAGGUAGCUGCUGCAGUGCGGAAUAACAGGUCUGUUGAGAUGGUGGAAGCUCUUUUUUCUAUGAAUCGGGCAUACUUAUCCCUGCCUGAGGGAACUGCGUCUGUAGCUGGCCUCAUUGCGAUGAUGACUGAUCAUUACAGCGUCAUGGAGGGGAGCGAAAGCGAAGUAGAAGACCAUGAUGCUUCUGAAGUACUGAGGAAACAUCUCAAGCGCAAACGUCCUCAAGUUCAGCCUAAUGAUUUUCGAGAAGAAGUUAUUCCACCACAUUCAGUUGCAUCAGUAGAAGGAUGCCUCUCAUUAUUGAAGCAGACACAAGCUUAUGAAAAAAGGCGACGUGCCACUGGGAAACGUACACCUCGGUUUCUUGUAGCAAUUACACACGAGAGGGAUGAUAGAGCAGAUUCUAGUCCACCAAAUAAAAGAGCCAAGAAGCAACUUGAUGCCGAUGAUGAUGCAUCAAGAAGGGGAGGAGGGUCUCCAUAUAGAAGAACAGAACUCAGUGACAGCACACAAACUAGGCUUCGAAAAAUGUUACAAGCACAGGAAGCUCAAUUCAAGCACCCUGAUGGUUCCAUGUUUGAGAAUGGGGUGAGAACAAGCCGAGAUAGGAGGCAUAAAAAGGGAGCUGCUGAUAGAGAUGGUGCCUUGUUGAGGGAUAUGGAAGGACUUGUUACCAAGAAGGGAAAAAAUGUGAGAAUUGAAGAAGCAGAAGGAAAUGAUUCUGAUGAUGAUGAUGAUGGAUUAGGAGCUCUGAAGGCAUUGGCUGAAAUGUCAGCUUCACUGGCUCCGGCUGCUUUGAUGGAAUCAGAAUUAUCUCCACUGUGGGAAGAAGAAAGAAUAGCUAACAACGUGGAUGAGAAAUCUAACACUCUGGAAACCGUGUCCACAAGCCAUCACAGAGAAAAAGCAAAAGAAGCAGGACCAGAAGCUAGUCUCCUACUCGCAAUUUCAGCCCCCGAUAAAAGAAAACCGAAGUCUGUGCCGGAAGCCGUUGAUGGUAAUGUUGUUUCAGUCGAGGAGCUUGGCACUUCAAGAAGAAAACGUAAACCAAAGUUUCAGGUGCUAGAUGUUGAAGCUCCAAAAGAGUCUAUUCAGGAAAAAUUUCUAUAUACUAAGGAAUCGGCUGAAGAUGAUAAUUUGAAGACUCUAGUCAAAGCAAGACGUUCUGGUCAAGGUCCCGCAAAACAGCUGAAAACUGCAAAGACCUCGGAAGAAUCUUCUUUAGCUAGUGAUAAGAAAUUAACAAUACCGGAUGCAGUAGUGCCAGCUACACAAGUUUCAGCUUUGGUUCCAGCGACUUUGCCACAGAAACCUCCAAACAGGCGUAAGAUGAGUUUGAAGAAAAGUUUACAGGAAAGAGCUAAAUCUUUAGAAACCACUCAUGACAAGCUACGUAGUCGCAAAAGUCUUUCAGAACAUGAAUUACUAAAGGAGAAGUUUUCAAAUUGUCUGUCAUAUCCAUUGGUACGUCGAUGGUGCAUAUAUGAAUGGUUCUACAGUGCUAUUGACUAUCCCUGGUUUGCAAAGAUGGAGUUCACUGAUUAUCUAAAUCACGUGGGGCUUGGUCACGCUCCAAGACUUACUCGUGUUGAAUGGAGUGUCAUUAAAAGUUCUCUCGGUAGACCUCGGAGAUUGUCUGAGAGGUUCCUACAUGAUGAGCGGGAUAAACUCCAACAAUAUCGUGAAUCUGUGAGAAAGCAUUAUACAGAGCUCCGUGGAUGUGCUACGGGAGUGCUUCAUACAGAUUUGGCCCGUCCUUUAUCAGUCGGGAAUAGAGUCAUUGCCAUCCAUCCUAAAACACGAGAAAUUCGUGAUGGCAAGAUUCUUACUGUGGAUCAUAACAAGUGCAACGUUCUGUUUGAUGAAUUGGGUGUUGAGUUAGUUAUGGAUAUUGACUGCAUGCCUUUAAAUCCAUUGGAAUACAUGCCAGAGGGACUAAGGAGGCAAAUUGAUAAGUGUGUAGCUAUAGGCAAAGAAGCACAGCUUAACAGACACCCAAUCUCUGAUGCAUCUCUUCUGUUCUCUCCUUCUGUGCUCGAAAAUGUCAAAUUUUCCAUGAAUCCUCCUGCGAAACAGGAUGAUAUCAGAGAGCCAGUUUUGCAUAGUAAAGUGUUAGCAACCAACACUACUGAUCAAUCUAUCGCAACCAAUAGCAAAGUAAGAGGACCAGAAAUUCAAUGGACUCUGACACCGCAGCAUACUUCAGAUGCGCAGGAAUUCUCCUGUCAUAAUUCUGCUUUCCAGGAAAUGGAGCCAGAAAUGAUUGAAAUUGCCAGUGAAUCAAAGUCAAUAGCGCAAGCAAUGGUGGAUGCAGCUAUGAAGGCUGUAUCGUCGGGGAAGAACAAUGAAGACUCAGGGAAUAUGGUCCACCAAGCUAGCUCAAUUGGCGAACAUCAGCCAUUAUACAGCUCUAUAGUGCCUGGUAUCAAGCAUCAAGAGCAUACCAAUGGCAGCUUGGAUCAUCAUCCUUCAAACACAGCAGAGCCAAUGACUAACGGUUUCAUCUCACAGGACGGAUCAGGGAAAAACAAAACGCAAAUGCCUUCAGAGCUUAUCACCUCUUGUGUUGCCUCUUGGCUCAUGAUGCAGAUGAUCUCACAGAAGCAGUACCCACCAGAAGAUGUGGCUCAGCUAAUGGAUACAGCAGUGAGUGACUUGCAGCCACGGUGUCCACAGAACAUGCCGAUAUACAGAGAAAUUCAGACUUAUAUGGGACUGAUCAAGACUCAAAUCAUGGCUCUUGUAAGAACAUGAAACAUUUGUGUCCUUUAUAAUUAACCUGAUAUCGAAGAUUAAAACCUGGAUAUCAGAUUUAAUUGUUUGAAUUGUAGAGGUUAGUUUAGUUUAUAGUUAGUUAAUAAUUUGAACAGCUUCAA